GGGCGCUGCGGCGGCUGGGGCGCUUUUCGGCGGCGGAGCGCGCGUACCGGCGUGUGCUGCGGCGGCCGCGGGGGACGCGGCAGGACGUGUCGGAGGGGGUGCUUGGGGCGGCGGUGAUGAUGUUGCGGCAGGGGAAGAUUUCGAAGCAACGGCGGCUAUUGGAGGUAUGGAUUGCAAUGAGCCCCCAGGAUCCAAAAGCAGCGCAUCACCUUUUGCUGCCCCUCGACGGUCCAGAAAUGUCUGCCAUGCUAGCCAUGCUGGAUGUUCUUUUGAGUGACUUCCAGUUGAUGGAGUUGUGAUAUGUUGUGAUUGGGACCUUUUUCGAGGCUGGCCAUGGCGCUGUGGCUGCGUCCUUCAAACGGCUCAAGGAAGCGGGUGGAGCAACUACUAGGCCGUGCCGCCCGAGUGGCCAACCCGACGCUGCAGCCGUUGCUGGCAGAGUUGCUGGGCGAGGUUCCUCCGCUGCAUGCGCCGAAUGAGCUGUUGGCGCUGGCUGCGGCCAAUCGGUUUUUGGACGCGCCCCAGUGGCAGCUGCUGGAAGACAAGUGCAGUUUGCAUGGCUUGUUGCAGGCCUCGGACCCUCAACGCCUGCGCUUCUACUGGCCUGAGAGCUACCUGUGGUCGAUCGACCACCCGAUUCCCCCAGCUGCCGGUGGUCAAAGGCGGAGUUCGGACCUGACCAAGGAGGGAAAGACCGAAAUCCAAUUGACAG